UUAUAGUGAUAGCCUCAGCAAACAACCGAACCCGCAUGGCCAUCCGUCAACUUCUCAGGGACAAUUGGAGCGAAGGAGGAGCAGCUCAUACACCUUGCCACCUCCCUCUCGCGGAAGAACAUAUGAUCGAGAUAUCCGUCCUUUACCUUCUCAAUACACAAAGGUGGAUAACUCACCGGGACAGGAUGUGGAGCUUAGGUGCAUGGAGACCUACCACGACAGUCGGCAACAGCGACCCGUCUCCUUAUCGGUUUUCAAUGCACCGACAGCAACGUACACUUGGGAACGGUAUGAACCCGAAUCCCAGAUACCCUAUCCACGGCCCCUCUACAUCGGUCAAAAUUUCAUGCGGUCGUCAUCGUCAAGCUCUAUCUCUAGCUUGCGUGAAUCUUCUCGCAUGCCCUCCCCGGCACUAUCUGACUUCAGCAUCCCCACCUCAAAUUUGCCGCCCAAAAUACGAAGAAGCUCAUCAUCAAGUGAACACUCUCCUUACCGUGCAUCCUCUGUUAUGAAGAUCAUGGAGCCGCUGAGACAUGUAAACAUUGAAGUUGAUCGUAGCUGGCCUCCUGUGUCCUCCAGGCCUUACCAGCGAACGCCUACUCCUCCUGAAAUGAUCAGUAGCCCAUCAUUGCACAGAUCUCAAUCGGAUCGUCACCGCAAACGCAAGGACAGUCCUAGCGCUGGUGAAUCCAGUGAUCAAUCACACGUUAGAACCCGCCCAACAAUACCACCGAAGGCAGAAUCAGAGGAGUGGGAGAAGUACGCCUGUUUUACUCUGGAUGGUACGACACGGAAAUGGUUGUGCACCUGGUCGACAGAGUCAGGCGGACAAUGUAAAUACAUGUCUAAGAAGCAGCUAGUCAAACGUCACAUUGAAACGACUCAUUUGUGUUAUAAGCCAUUCGUAUGCGGUGUCUGCGGCAAAGGUUUCCCCCAGAAAACUUCACUUGAUACUCACAUGCACGGACACACUGGAUCUACGCCGCACGCAUGCCGGUAUAAUUGUGGGAUGUGGUUCAAGGAUCCUGCACGUAGACACAGACACAUGGUCGACGAGCAUCAAUAUGUUCCAACACAGUCUAAGAAGAAACACGGGAGCGGACAGCCUCGAGACAAUUUGGACUUUGAAUCUGUGCAACGAUGGGAUGUUGCCAGUAACCCUUAGCACCUCGCCCCUUGGACAAGAAGACUACCUAUCCGAGUUGUUAGCUAUGGUCCCUUUGAGUUGAAACGGUUAGCACUGACAGAAGAGCUUGUUGACAGUUGUUGACAGUCGGACGCAUGCUACAACGUCUUGGAGGAUUAAUCUCCGAGCUUCUUUUCCGUUGUUUCUCUUGGCACCUUCCUCACCAUAUGAUAGCCCUCCGGUGUUGUCGUCACUGGUAUCUCUAUGCCAUAUAUAUUACCCUGUUCAUAGGACAGUACUAAUGCACAAUGAGCUUAUAUCUCUUCUGAACA